CAUCCACACCAAAAUUCGCACUGGAUAACGAUAUCAUCGCUUUUGAACGAAGUCUGAACCCCUCCUUCCGUUUCCUUGAGUGCUCUAUUCUACAGGAUUUAGUCUUAAUCUGUGUAUGUGCAUGUUUGAAGAUUCUGUGUGACAUCUAGCGAAAUUGAACUGCUGCAUUUUGAAAUUUCUCUCAAGGUUUUAGGAAGUGUGGAAUCAUUUUUGUGUUUGUUGGAUUGAAUUUCACUAGGUCGAUGAUCAUGAAGUUUUUGUAACUUAAGACUCAAUUCGCAACAAACCUAUGGAGCUUCGAGCGUUAGGUGGGUUGCAGCAAGGUGGCAUUUGGUAUCAGGGGUUUGGGAGCACGCACGGGGGUUUUCCAGCCAGCAACACCGUUGGUGCACAAGGACCAAGGAAUUCGAGCUUGUGGGGGUAUGUUCGUUGUCUGGAGAGAAGAGGGCUGAAAGGAGGUGCGUUGGUGUCAAGGUGCAGCAUCGAGACGGAGCGUGAAGCGGAUGCGGGGAGGGUGAUUGAUGGGUUAUAUCCAGGGCCGGGGGAUAGUACCUCGGUCGAUGAAGUCUCAGAUUUUUGGGAGUACGAAGCGACUCGACACUCCAAGGAUGUUAGAACAGAAGGUGCUGAACUUCCAAAUGCAUUCGAUGAUAAAAACCGUAGUGACGAUGGAGAACGUCCUCAUGGCAGGGCCGAGUACGUGAUGCCAAAGGUCAAAUAUACAAGGGAAUCAAAAGGUUUGAAGCCUUCAUACCGCGUGUUUUCAAGGGACAGGCAAACAUCUCCCAAACCCAGGAUAAAUCCGUAUUCAGUGCUACUGAAAAUGAUUGAUCCAGCCAACGAUGACGAGUACCAGGAUUCAGACUCAAGGUGGAAAUCUUCGGUGAAGUUGAAAGGCAGUUCUAACGUGGUUCAGGAUGCAAAGCCAGGAGAAGAGUUUCUAUCAAGUGCUAACAACCUAGUGAAUACAGUAGAGAAUUCCUUGCAAGAGGAUGAGGCUCUUGGUACUGAGCAAGAUGGUAAUCUUUUACUAAAUUUCAAAAGCUUUGACAUUGGUGAAGACACAGGCCAUGGACUGAAAUGGCAUCCGACAAGCGGAGAUGGAGGAGAUGAGCUUUUUGACAGGAUCGAUGAUGUUGGGAGCAGCAUCAUUGGAAGUAUGGAUGAGGCUGAAGAACCGGUUUCAUCUUACGAGCAAAAUUAUUCUACUAAACAGUGCGGCGACGAAGGCGAGUUAAAGUUCCCGUAUGCUUUGUCAAGCACCGAGGAUAACUUUGACGAGGAGGAUGAGUUACUUACCGGCUUUGAUAAUAGAUUAGGUAGGUUAGGUGCCCUAUGGUCAGAUUCUGAAGAUGACGAUGACGAGGAUGAUGAUUUUGAUGAGAGUGAACUAGCUAGGAACUGGAGUGCUGAAUCAGCUAAGGAAGAAGCCUCUGAUGGAGAAGACCCGUUGAGGAAAUUUCUGAACUCUCGCUCUGGCAACCGUGAUAGUAAGAAUGAGGGCAGGGUUUACAAGUACUACAAAGCUGCAAGGAAACCAAUUGGUGUUCACUUAAACACAUCUGGACUUUCCCGUUCUCGUUCCUCAGUCAUUGGCAAGGAGGUCCUGUAUCCUGUCCUAAAUCUGAAGGAUAAGGAUCGUUUAGUCUGCAGAGCUAAUCCGGAGGACACUGAGAACCGUAUCAAUAGAAGUAGUGAUGUCGUUGUGGAUCUGACGCCCAUGCAGCAUGGUGAAAAUCAGAGGGAAACAAGUGCUAUUAGAGAAGUUCUUCAAAUUUCUUACAACCUACCACAGAAUCGCGUAUUGGAAGACUAUAUGGGACCAUUUGUAAAUAAGUUUAGCAAUGUCCAAGCUAACAUUAUUUUAGAGGCUUUGUGCGGAGAUGACUUGACCGAACAGGUGUUGUCUUUCUUUCGAUGGGUGCGGUUACAUGAGCCCUGCCUGUGCGACCCCAGGAGCUUCACAAUACUUUUCACCUUUCUUGGUAGAAUGGCAAUGCCGGAUCAAGCUCUUGUCUUUUUUGGAAUGCUGCCGAAGGAUAAGCAGUUUCAUUCUGUUCAUGUCUACAAUACGUUAAUAACAUGUCUCACAAACUGCAACAGGCAAGACGAAGUUCCUUCCAUACUAGAGAAAAUGCAGAGAUGGGGCAACGAGCCAGACUCCGUCACUUUCAGUGUGCUCAUGAAUUCUGCUGUCAAAGGAGGGGGCUCGUUAAAGGAAGUUUGGGCUCUGUACCAGGAUAUGGUGCAGCGGGGCAUCUCCCCUAGCGUCUCGGUUUUCGGCACAUUUAUUAAGGCUUUCUGUGACGCAGGCCGCUUAAAAGAGGCUCUAUUAAUUACUACAGAGAUGGAGAAAUUGAACGUGCCGUUCAAUGUUGUGAUAUAUAAUAUUCUCAUUGAUGCAUACGGUAGGGUUGGUCAAUUGGAAGAGGCUGAAGGAUUAAUGACUGAGAUGCGAGAAAGGGGAAUACAGCCAAACGUUGGCACUUACAAUGCUCUUAUUACUGGUUACCUGGAAGCAAAGCCUAAGAGGCAGUUUGUAGUAGCCGAGGGUUUAAUUGAAGAAAUGGAGGCCUCGGGCUUAUACCCGGAUGUGGUGACCUUCACCAUGUUGCUUGGUGCUUACGGACACGAAGGGUUGACGGAACAAGCUGAACAGGUGUUUAAUCGCAUGAAGGCUAGGGGUGUUCAGCCAAAUUCUUACUCCUACACCGCCCUUAUAAACGCCUAUGCUGAACGACGUUGUCCUGAGAAGGCUGCAAGGGCGUUUGAAAUGAUACGGAAGCAAGGGGUCAAUCCCACUGUGGAGACUUACACAGCCUUGUUAGAUGCUUAUCGACGUGCAGGAGACUUGGAAAUGGUACAAGCUGUUUGGAAGUCUAUGAAGGUGGAGGGCUGUGUGGCUACAAGAGUCACUUACAUGACCAUUCUCGAUGCUUUUCAAAAGCAAGGACGAUACAAGGAGGCACGUGACCUGAUUGAGGAAUUCAAAAACCAAGGACACAAGCCGGAUUUGAUGGUUUACAACAUGCUUCUGAAUUCCUACAUGCGAGGAGGCCGCCAUGUUAAGGCAAGUGACAUCUUGCUGGAAAUGAAAACAGCAGGAUUCCUUCCUGAUUCUUUUACCUAUUGCACCCUUAUUUACGGGUUUCUACGCGUUCGAGAUCAAACGAAGGCUUUAAAGUACCACAGAGAAAUGAUGAAUCGAGGGCAACUGCCAGAUCCAAAAACUUACGCAAAACUGAGGGCUAUCCUCAAAGUUGUAGAAAAACGAAGAGAUGAGAAUAACCUCAAAAGUCGAAGAGGGAAAUCCUCCAAUUCUGCGAAGAAAGGCACAGAGAAAAGUAAGUCCUUAUGGAAACCCAACCCAUGACUAUGUCUGAGGUGGACUCAUCGAAGAAUUUUCCUGUAAACUGAUGUAGCUGAGGCCCAUUUUUUGCUGCUCAAUAUCGAAAGUAGCUGACGAUAAGAGCCUUGAAAUUAGAUUCAAAAUUUAAUCUUGAGAGUAUGUUGGUUCAGAACGGAAACAUUUCUAACAGGAACAAAGCUCGGUAAACUAACAUUCGUUGAUCA